AUGCGUGUGCAGAUAGCGGAAUUAACCUCGCAGCUCGCCGAGAUACAGGCCAACCCCCCUGUAGCAACCCCCUCGGUAGAGAAAAAGUUUAACAAGAAAGUCGAAGUCGUCGCUGACCCUGGCGCCUUCGAAGGAGACCGAGCGCGAUUUGCCGAAUGGUGGAUCAAGCUCCAGAUUUGGGUCAAGGCGAACUGGGACGCUUUCGCCGACGAUUUUGAGGUAGCCACUGCGGUGCUAUCUCGCCUAAAAGGACCUGUGGCGGGUCGAUACGCCCAA